AUGCUGCGCGAAAGGAGAAAGUGGUUUCAUGUUAAACGGCUAUUAUUAAGACAUCCAUCACUCAUAUUUUCGUUUAUUUUAGGCAUUAGUUGCUUAAUUUACGGGAUUGCAUCACUUGCUUAUGCAAAAAAUUUUGCUCGUGUAAGAGAUUUGACGAAAAAGAAUAAAUGGCUUGAAAUUACAAUCCCAUCAACCAAAAAAUCUCCUGAUAGUGCAAAAUUUAUUUACAAAAAACUAAAAAGAGAUGAAGAUAACUGCAUUGAUAGAAAAUUUUAUCAUCACGAAGUUCGCCGCAUAUUUGAUUACGAAUCAUCGAAAGAUGACUAUGAUUCAAAGCGAAUGCUGAUAAUUGGAUCACACACAUCCAUCGGAGCAGCGCUUGUUCGCAAAUAUCAAAGGAAAAACAUCCCGUAUACGGCUGUUAAGAGCAUCAUUGAUUUUGAUAUAUAUGGGCAUAGUAGCGACGACUAUUUUGCAAACCUAUCAUUCAAAAGCGCCUUCAUUGUUUAUCAACCUGAGAUUAAACGUCAUUCAGUAGUAAAUCAGAAAUUAGAAAUGGUCAAAGCAGUUCACAAAUACUUCGAUUCUUUACUCCAAUACUUAAUGAACAAAGGAAUUCCUUUUGUUAUCGCAUUACCUCAAGCAAACUCUCCGCAAAUACUCAAAGUUGUCAUGCAAUAUGGUGGAUUAUACGUUGAUGUACCUUAUACAGUUGAUAGCAAAGCUGUUGAUGAUUUAGAUAAUCCAUUAAUGCGAGCAGCAAGAGAAUGUGAUGCAGUUGGCCACACAAAGGUAUUUAUCAAAAAAGGAUCAGAAGUACAUAGCAUGGAUGCAGAUAUUGCUGCAAAAUUUUUGAGAAAACAGAUGAAAGAAGGAAAACAAGGCCAUUUCUCAAUUCAUGGUGCAACAAAUAUCUCUAUGAAGGAAGCUAUUCUUACUGUUGUUCCUCAAACGUGUAAUGUAACUUUUCUCGAAUAUCCAAUGGUAAAUGAAACUUCUCCGCUUUCAGAACAGACUGCAUUAGUAGGAGAUCCGAACGCUGAUGUCAAGGAAAUGCUUAAAGAAGAAUUUAAACACUUCCAAAACGUUUGGGAUAAAAAACCAUACCUUUCCUUAGUCGUAGUUGGCCGAAACGAUAAUUUUAGUAACGGUUUCCUAGCGCGUACGAACAAUUUCGUCAAAGCUCUUGAAUAUAAUUUACUUGCAGGGCCAUUAGCGAAUUUUGAAGUUGUUUUCGUAGAUUACGCGCCACCAGGAAACAAGCCAAAGCUUCAAGAUGUUGUCGAUAUACCUAUUGCCCUUCAAAACAGGUUCAGAUUCAUAACAGUUCCUGUAUUAACUCAUUAUCAUCUGGCCAGAAAGCUCAAUACUACAAUGCAAUUCCUGGAAUAUAUCGCUAAGAAUAUAGGAAUCAGGAGAGCAUCAGGAAAAAUGAUUGCUGCUUUAAAUCCAGAUGAUAUUAUUUCUCCAGAGAUAUUUGAAGCGGCCGCUGGUAAGCAAUUCAACAGAGGAACUUUAUAUAGAGUGUUCAGAUGGGAUCUAAGAGAGAAUUGGGAAAGUAAUUUAACAAUAGAUGAAAUUAUGCCGAAAAUGGGAUCUCAAUCCGACGUUAGAACGAUUCCGAACAUAAAAGAAAGGUGUGGAACCCUUGUUGUCCAUACCCAAAUCAUUGAUGAUCAACCUUCAUUCAAAGAAUACGCAAUUCUCUGCGGAUCCGGUGAUUUUAUAAUGCUUUCUAAGGAUCUCUGGGGUGCGAUCGGUGGUUUCCAUGAAUAUCCUGGCAAUCCAAACGUUGAUGCUGCAUUUAAUGGAAAAAUGAUGCGUUUGCUAAACGGAUACGUAUCAUAUACACUUGAUGCACCACUUCUGCACCAACAUCAUAUUAGAAAGAACGUUCAAAGACCUUGUAUGCAAGAUCAUGAGCAAAUUAUCAAUGAUUACAUAUGUAAUGGCUCAUCCCCACUACUUGUUAACUAUCCUGAUAUGCCUGAUUGGGGUCUUGCUAACGAACAAUUUGAAGAAGUUAGAAGAUAA